AUGAAAUACUCAAUCUCUCAAAUCAUGGCAAUCGCCAUAGUCGUCUUCCCACUCGUUUCGUCGAUUCCUAUGGAAGCUGAGACGAAGGUUGUAGCUCGACGAAAUGUGGCAAUUCGACGAGAUAUCAAUCUCAACUCUCGUACUCCACAUGGUAUGUAUUAUUUCCGCUUUGCUACUUAACAUAAUUUGCUGAUUUAUUGGCAUUAAAAGAGGGGCAUGAUGAUGCAAAUAAACCUGCAGGAACAAAGGCAGGAGCACCACCAACCACGAAAGGGACACCUGCACCCAAGGUAGUGGCACCAGCAGGAGCACCCGCAGGAGCACCCGCACCUUCAACCAAGGGAGGAAAAGAAGACCCAACAAAGGCUAAUAAGCCUGGUGCUGCCGCUCCCAGUGGUGUUAAUCCAAAAAAGACGGGUGCUCCAAAGGCAAAUUCUGAAAAGGGUCCUAAGGAUGUUUCUGCAACAAAGGAACCUGCGGCUGCUCCUGCGGGCGCUCCUGCGGGCGCUCCUGCGGCUUCUCCUGCUCCUACUGGUACGGGCGCACCCAAGCCUAAAGGAUCUGCUGCCCCUCAAUCCACGGGUGCCCCUAAAAAGAAGGAAGGUGGUGAGAAGGAGAAGGAGAAGGAGAAGGCGGCGAAGGAGGCCAAUAAGGAUGCUCCCAAGGUGAAGAGACACGAGGGUCACGAUGGUAAGCAAUGAGGUAUCUCUUAUUAUAACAUAAUGAGCUAACAACAAAAGAUGAACCUCAAGCGAAGACCGGUGCAGACAAACCAAAGACCUCCACUGGAGCAGCACCACUCAAACCAUUAAACGCUACUUCACCCCAGAACGCCACUGAAACGAGCGCACCCAAAUCAUACUUCAUAGGCGUGUACUAA